AAUUCCCAAGGCGCGGAUUUUUAGAUAUGUUAUAUCCAAGUUGUGUUACCAAUUAUACCCCUAAUGCAUAGCCUGUUAUAUGGAUGCAUAAUCCCUGAUGCAUACACUAUUAAUAAUUUCUUAUAAUUAUGGAUGUCACGAAAAUAAUUAUGAGUGUCACAAUACCUAAAAUUAAUUAUGGGCUUGACAAUGAGAAUAUUAUUUUUUUUUUGGAUCUCUCCCUAAUUUUCCCUACAUUUAUUUACAAACAUAAACCCUCCGUCCGUCGCCACUACCUCUCUCUCUCUCCUCUCUUUUCGUCUCUCGACGUUUCCAGAUAUACACAGUGAAUUACCUAAGCUCUGCUUUCCUGCUUCCUCCUACAAACCUUUCUGUUUAGGGUUUCCAUUAAAACAACUCUUCCGAACACCAUUUUCAAUCAAACUGAUCUCCAAUGGUGAGGUCCAACGGUACCAGACUUGCUUAUUGGCUUGUCAGAAAGUCUCUCGAUUCCAAGCUGCUAUACUCUUCUCCAAAUUUAAAUUAUUCCUUGCGGCAAGGUCGGGGUUUCGUUUCAAAUCCCUGCAAUUCAUACAUGAAUUUUGGGUAUAGGGACUUGGAAAAUGCAAAAUUUGGUACUGGUGGUUUUCUAAAUGGAGUUUUUCAUGGGUGUUUGGGUUCAAUGAGGAAGAUUCAUGCUGACUGGCUCAGUAUGUAGAGAUUAUUACGAUAUACUUGGAGUCAGCAAGAAAUCAAGUGUAUCUGAAAUUAAGAAAGCGUAUCACGGGCUUGCCAAAAAGUUUCAUCCAGAUACAAAUAAAGGUGACGCUGAUGCUGCAAAGAAGUUUCAAGAGGUUCAAAAAGCCUAUGAGGUUUUAAAAGACAAUGAAAAGCGAUCGUAUUAUGACCAGGUUGGUCAUGAUGCAUUUGAACAACAAGGUGCUGGUGGUGGUGGCCCCAGUCCAUUCAAUGGGGGCUUUAAUCCAUUUGAGGAUUUUUUUCGACCCGGAGCUGGUGCUGGUGGUGGUGGAGUGAAUGAUUUUUUCAAAGAAUUCUUCAAGCAAAAAGGAUUUGGAGGCCAAGAUGUGAAGGUUGUAUUUGAACUCUCUUUCAUGGAAGCUGUCCGUGGUUGCUCCAAAACUGUGACAUUUCAAACUUCUUUACCUUGUGAAGCUUGUGGUGGAACUGGUGUCCCUCCUGGAACAAUGCCUGAAACAUGUCAGACUUGUAGGGGUUCGGGAGUGGUAACCAUGCAGACUGGUCCAUUUAGAAUGCAAAAGACAUGCACAUGUUGUGGUGGAAUGGGAAAAAUUGUGACGAGCUUCUGCAAGUCAUGCAAGGGAGAUCGAGUUGUUAGAGGACCGAAGACAGUGAAUAUAAAUGUGAUGCCGGGAAUUGAUAAUAAUGAAACUAUCAGGAUUCCUAAAAGUGGUGGAGCAGAUCCUGAUGGAAAUCAACCUGGCGAUCUUUAUAUUACGAUAAAUGUUCGAGAAGAUCCUGUUUUCCGAAGAGAGGGUCUCGAUAUUCAUGUCGAUGCGGUAGUGAGUGCUACUCAGGCGAUUCUUGGUGGAACAGUUCAAGUCCCAACUCUUACCGGGGAUGUUGUUCUCAAGGUUCCUCCUGGCACUCAACCUGGUCAGAAGGCUGUACUGAAGAGAAAAGGAAUCAAAACCAGUAACUCUGCGUUGUUUGGUGAUCAAUAUGUGCACUUCAAUGUCAGCAUUCCAACGAAUCUAACGCAAAGACAACGCGAGUUAAUUGAAGAAUUUGCGAAGGAGGAACAGGGAGAAGAUUACAAGGGUGAUAGCGCGCAGUUUGGGUAAAAAUGAGCAUCAUAAUUUAAACACAACCAGCCUGCUUACUCGAUUAAAUUUUUUUGCAAAUAUUUUGCUUGCAUUUCACUCCUACCCCUCUUACAUGUUGCAUCCAUCUAGAGGGUAUUUAUCUGUAAGAUGCGCAGAAUUUUUCCUGGUUGAGAUCACAUUUGAAUAUUUGAGAGGAGAGUAAACUCAUGAUUACUCAUUUGCAGAUGUAGGAUCCCUUGUUGUACAUAUUACAGUUUUCAAUAUAUACUGAUUCAAUCAUAAAGGGCGCUGUUUUAUUUCA